AGAUAUGCCACAUGAAUUUCAUCACUUUAGUUAGUCAGACCUCACUAUGUGUGUGACAGUUUCUGCUGUAGACAGUUUACGUUACCGUCUAAGGUGAUCAGUGGUGUGUGAGUUCUCACAUGGCUUGUCCUGAGAACAUGUUUUUUCUCAUUGGCCUCUUUAUAUCAGGUGUUUUGGCCUGUUUUGGUCAACGAGAUUUGAUCGUCACAAUGCCAGAUAGACUGCAUGGACUGACUGGCUCCUGUGUGCAAAUCCCAUGUUCAUUUAAUGUUCCUGAACAACAUAAUAAUACAUUUAAAGCCACAAUACCAACCUUUGGAGUGUGGAUAAAAACACAUCCAGAUGUUCAUCAGUAUCCUGGAAACGUGAUUUUUCACAGUAAUGGGAAAGUCAACAGAUAUCAAGGGAAGAUAACUGGAAACAUGUCCCAGAAUAACUGCACCACAGUCUUCUUCAAUGUCACCACCAGUAACUCUGAUAAAUACUACUUCAGGAUUGACGGUCAACCAUACCGUGCAACAGAUCCUGAUAAGUCUGUUGAAAUAGUUGUCAGGGAUUUUCCUUCCAGUCCCAUCAUUACUGUCUCAGGUGAGGUGAAGGACGGGAACCCUGUCAACUUGAACUGCUUUGCUGUCGCUCCCUGUCCAGAACACCCCCCCGAGCUGACAUGGACUCUCCCAACACAGUUUACAUCUGACAACCAACUGCAGGAGAAUUCAGACCAAACCAAUUCAGUUCUCUCCACGGUGACCUUCACUCCAUCAUAUCUUCAUCAUGAGAAGAACAUCACUUGUACUGCAGUCUACCCAGUAGGGACAAGCAACAAGACAGCUGAACAUAACAUGAUGCUUAACGUUUCAUUCUCUCCUAAGGACACCUCGGCCUCCAUCAGUCCGGCUGAUCCAGUAUCUGUGGGCAGCUGUGUUAAUCUGACCUGCAGCAGUACAGCCAACCCUCCUGUGACAAACUUCACCUGGUUCCAGAUCAGUGGAGAUAAACCAACACAGGUAGCAUCUGGACAGAGUUACACCCUCAAUGUGACUGUAGAUGGAGGACUGUACUUCUGUGAAGCAAGAAAUAGUCACGGCUGUGGGAAGUCAAAGGAAGUGCAGCUGGCUAUUAAAGGGUCAGGAGAGCAUGUUAACCCAACGGUUUUUGGGGUUGCAGCAGGAACUCUGGGGGCAUUUUUGCUUAUCAGCCUGAUCAGUCUUUUUGUAUGGAGGAGAAACUCGAGGCUCCACGAUGGACUUGAAAGGACAGACAGUCCACAGGGACAGAACUCCCCGGUUGGGACAGUGUGUACUAACCAGGCCACAGCCGGAGAGGAACCAGAGGAACCUGCAGAAGACCAGCCUGAAGAGAUCCACUACGGUGACAUAGACUUCUCCAAACUACAGACCAAAGAGACCCCAGCUGCAGCCCAGGACAGGGUCCAGGGACAGGAGAGUGAGUACGCUGAAGUCAACGUGACUGGGAGAGGGGCUCAGGAACCACCACUUAACUACCUAGAUGGGCUUUAUGCACAAGUCAAUGGGUAUUAA